CUUCAAUUACACGGAGACCUAGUUUAAUAAAUAGAAUUUGGAAAUAAAAAAACAAGGGAAAUCUCCUCUUUAAAAAAAGAGCUUGCAUUAUUUUUCUAUUCAUCACUAUUUUUUUUUUUUUUUUUUUUCUAUAUUACAACACAAAAAUGAACUACAUGUACGAUGAAGAUCCUUUGCAAUCUUUAGAAUUAAAGACUCGCGCAUUAACCCCACCUCUUGACUCCAUUGACCAUCCCACAACUUGCAACUACCUCCUCAAUCUAUUUCUAGCACCAGACAUGGCUCGAUACCUAAAAGAGACAAACAUGUCCGACGACAUUUAUAACUUACCCAUUCAUUUCCAGAAAAUCAUUACCGAGGCCCGCAUGGAGGCCAGUAUGCUUAACAAGAGUAAUGGUGCUUUAAAAAGACUCGAGAAACUAAGGGCUUAUGUCGACACUGUGGCUCUUGGCGAUACAUCAGCUGUCAUUGCCACAUUAAAUGAACUCUUGCGCGAUGACGAUGAAGUAUUGAAUAUUCUGGGUGAAUAAGCUCUUGUCUCUUUCUUCUUCUUUUUUUUUUCUUCUUUCUUUUUUCCCCCUUAUAUUGUAUAUGUGUAGUCUAGUAUACUCGCAACAUCUCCCUUUCUGCUACAACUGUCUAAUAAUAUGCACGGCCUAAAAAAAUAAAUUGAUAAAGUAUCUGUCUACAGGAGUUUAACACAUAGUUUAUGUUUGAUGAAUUAUUGUUAGAUCAUUGUGAGUGUAGGCUAAAACAAAAAGCAGAUUAAAAGACUUCAGGUCAAGUGUGAGGAAAUU